AUGGCUCCCAGUAACUGGUUAAAGUGGGUUGACACCACCAAGAGACAAAUACGGCAACUAGGAAGAACCAUCGAUGCCAGACUAACUGGUCUCGCCAACGGACGCAUUGGUGGAUCUAACGAGUCAUCCUUGCUAAGAAGACGCAUACCCAUUCCAAUACGUGUUCCUGUUAGAAACUCUAUGGGAACAGGACUAUUCAAUCGUUAUUUGUUCCAGAAAAAUCAAUUCAUACGUGCCCUUGGCACCCAACUGAGGGUACCCAUUUCCAUCCGUCUUUUCUCCUAUGAUACUUUCAGGAAUGGGGAUAAUGGGUUUGCUAAGAAUAACGUACCUAGAGGAUUGUAUCAGAACUGGAAUAUGGUAACUCCAACGAGAUUAUUGGAGAGGAAGCUGCUUUAUUCUACAGCAUCGAUCAGGUACACGAAAGAGGCGAUCAAGAUGUUGAAGGCGUCAUUAUCUUGGGCUCCCAACAGCCUGAAGAAGUCGAUUGAAGACUAUAAGACUUUCAAGAUGAUGGAUACAGGCAGGGGAUCUUUCUUGGAAUUUAAGCUACCUAAGAUAAACCAAAUUGAAUCAGUAACGUUCUUGAAUGAGAACGUGGUGGACCAAUGGCAAGAAAUAUUAUCUGGGAACAUGAAGCAACUGAAAGAGAUCCAGGAUUCUAUUAACCAGGUAUUCCAACAAUACGGUUCUUUGCCUGUGUCGACGUCAGCCGAUGGUAACAUACAAAUUCAUUUCCCUAACACAAAUGCUUUUGAAACAGAAGCACUGGUAGCCGAUAUUGGUGUAACCAACGGAAUCGUCUAUUCUCAAGAGCCCAAUCAGUCGAAUGAAGAGACAGACAUUUUAUCAAAUUGGAAUUCUUGGGAAGAUUUAAGUGGCACGAGGACUUUUUCUCCAGUUUUAUCAGAAGUUUGA